AGUUGAGCGCGCGAGCUGUUGGCCGGCGCACACAGACGACUCCAGCGAGCGAGUGAGAUCUGUUACGGAAAUGACGUUUUCUGAAAGCUGAAAGCCCUCACAAUUAAAAAGUUCUUUGCGGCCGACUCAUGGAGGAGGACGUCUUGAAUGCGCUGCAGAUGCGCUGCGCUUAUCUGUGCGGCGGCUAUGAUCGGGACAGGCGAAUCAUAUUCAUUGUGAAUGCAUUCAAUGAUCAACAAUUGUGGAAUCGCCGCUGCCUGCAACUGACGCUCGACUAUCUCAAGCGUUCGCUCAGCGCGUCUGUCUUGCAGCAUGGGGUGAGCGUCGUUGUCAACGCCCAGGAGAUCAGCUCGCGCAUAUCCAGGCAGCACGUGCGCCAGAUUUAUGCGCUCUUUGGCGGCGACAUCAGCGUCGAUGUUUAUCUAGUCAGAGCGGAGGGCUUCUGGGAGAAGCACGUGGAGCCUUGCGCCAAGUCGCAGACCAAAGGCGAGCCCCUGGUGCUGUCGAAGGCACGCCUGGCCAAAUUCAUAGAGCUGCACCAAUUGCCCGAGGAGCUGGGCGGCACGCUGCAAUUCAAUUAUGAUCUAUGGCUGCAGCAGCGCAAGUCCGUGGACGAGUUCAGCAAGACCCACGCGCAAACUCUGGCCGGCAUGGAGCAGCUGUUGGCGCUGCUGAAGUCGCUGCGGCCAGCGGAAGCGGAUGUCGAGCUUAAGAAGUGCGCUCAGCUGCAUACGCACGUGCAGCGCAGCAUUGAGUCGGCGAUUGAGAUGGGUAACGCGAUCUUGGCGCGCUUUAACGAAGUUUACGAGACGCAAACGGCAACGCCACAUGCCGCACCUGCUGCUGCCAGCUCAACACACACAACAACAGCAACAACAACAGCAGCAGCAGCAACAUCGUCAACUGCAACUGGCAGUGGUCAGUGCCCUGCUAAGCCGCUGCUGCCGCCCGACCUGAGCUGCGAGCGAGCCCGCAUCGAGCUGCGGCUGAAUGAGAUCGAGAAGAAGCAGACGGCCAUACGCACCGCUUGGCUGGAGCUGCUGCGGGCGCUGCGUGAGGCACGCGAGCUUUGCACCCUGGCCGAGGGCGUGGCCUUUGUCACCAACUGGAUUCUGAACCAGGCCGAGCAGCUGCUCAGCCGGCAGCGCAGCGUCGGCAGCGAUGUGCGCGCCUCCGAAACGCUGCGUGCGGCGCACGAUCAACUGGAGCUGGAGUGCCGCGACACCUACGGCUGCUAUGCAGAGCUGCUCUACAAGAUCGAGCAGUUUGCCAAGGAGCGCGACGCCGCCCUGUGCCAGGACCUGCUCUCGCAGCGCGACUUCAUGCAGUUCGUGUGCCGCUCCUUUGCCGAGCGCCUGGAACGACGCCGCAAGGUGCUGAUGACGGCGCUGCGCUUCCACCGGCUGCUGGAGCAGUUCGAGGAGCAGCUGCUCAUAGCCAACCAGGCAGCCGAUGCCGAGCCCAGUGAGCUGAGUGCCCCACAAGCGGAGGCCAUGCUCAUGCAGCUGAAGACCAGUCAGCAGCUCUUGGGCAACAUCGAACGCGAACUUGUGCGCGAGGGCGAGAAGCUGAGCGACAUGUUGGCCAUGCCAGUGAAAGACGCCUUGGGCCGUGACCUCCAGCUGGACUACAGCAACGACAUUGCCCAGCUGCGUCGACAGAUCGACGCGAGCCGCGAGCGCCGGCAGCUGUGCGGACAGAGGCUGGCGCUGCAGCGGCUCACCUUGGAGCAGGUGACCCACAUUCACGGCUACGAGCAGGAGGUGCGCUGCGCUCUCCAGUGGCUAAACGAGCUGUACGCGGUGCUGCUGCGCUGUCACUCCCAUGUUGGCUGCAACAUACACGAGAUUCAGCUGCAGAAGGACGAGCUGCAGGGGUUUGAGGAAACCGGACGGAGCAUUUUCAACUACGGCUGCCAGCUGCUAGAGGCCGCGCAGACGCUGCGCCUCUGCUGCAAGCUGGAGCAGCCGGAGUCGGAGCAGUUUCAGCUGCAGCUGCAGCGCACCUGGCACAGUCUGCAGUCCAUUGCCCAGGAGCAGAUGACCCGGCUGCGCGUCUCGGCGGUCUUCCAUCGCAGCGUGGAGGCCUACUACAGGCAGCUGCGCGACCUGCGCCCCCUGCUCACCCAAGAGCUGGCCUCCCAGCUGCAGCAGCAGCGCCAGCAGCACAACCGCAGCAGCAGCGGCAUUAGCAGCGAUGCCGAAGCCUCGCCAGAGCUCUCGCCAGCCGACGGCCUUGGCGCACGCCUGCAGCGCCACCUGUUGGCGAGAGAGCAGCUGCUGGUUGAGGUGGGUCGCAUGGUGCGCCUGGGCCGGCUGCUCAAGAAGCGGCUGAAGGAGCCCUUUGUGCUGGAUGCGCUCACAGGCAAAAGCGUUGUGCCGGAUGAGCUGCCGCUGGACAGCAGCCCGAGCCCGAUGCACGACAGCGGACGCAACAGCAGCACGGGCAGCGGCGAGUCCGUUCAGGCGGAAACACCAGCCACGUUGACUGUGACGCCGACGGGCAGCAACGACCUGGCCUGUGCCGCCAUCUCGCACAAGCUGAGCGCCAUUGCCGAGGUGGCCGAGUCAUUGGAUGCGGUCAUACGAGACUGCAGCGGCGCCGAGCUGGACCUCCCCACCAAUGCCAGCCACAAGAAGCUGGGCAUGGCCAGCGAGGACUGGCAGUCGCGUUCGACGGAAGAUGAGUCCUUUGCCACGGCCUCCGAGGGCAAUUUCACGCCCAAUUCGCAUUCGUCUUCCUUUCAAACGGCCUCGGGCCGCACCAGCUCCUACAUUGGCUCCGCCAAGAACUCCUUUGACGAGGCGGACGACUCGACGCUGAGCAACUUUGAAAUACCCGAGCUGCCGCAGUCGCCGGUGAACAUGUCCUUUGAGAGCUCCGAGCUGAGCUACUUCUCUGCCCAGCAGCCGCUCAAAUCGGAUGAUCAGGAUAGCGUGGUGGGCGUGGCCGAGCUGCACAGCCAAAGCGUAACGCCCACGCCCGAAGAAGAGCAGCUGCUGGCCCAGCCCAUCGAAUCGGACAGCGAACUAGAGGCCUACGGCCUGGACGCGGCCCACAUCAGCACCGAGCUGCUGCCCAGCGCCUCGACGGCCGUCACGCCGGAGAUUGUGGAUCCAUAUCUCGAGACGAAGCCCUCGGUGCAGGCAGUGGAGGAGACACUGAACGGCUUCAGUAAGCGGCAAGUCGACGUGACGAGCAGUCUGGAAAAUUGGACAACGACCAUUGCGGAAAAGCGCGAAGUAGAAUAUCUGCUAGAGAAAGUCAUGAGCGACAACGAGGAGACCGUGGCCAAGAGCACGCAGGUGGACACACAGCUGUAUCCGGUGUUCAGCACACCCAGCUUGGACUCCAAGCAGCUGCUGACGAGCACGCGCGAGAAGCUGGGCCUGGUCACCCAGGACAUUGAGCGCGCCCAGGAGGAGAUCCAGCAGCGCAUACAGACCACGCUCAGCAUACAGACCAAGGACCAGCAGUCGCUGGCCAAGAUCGAGCAGGUGAUCAACAACCUGCGCAUGCUGAAGGCGAAGCUCGAUGGCAUCAAGUACGACUAUCGCACGCUGCUGGAGAGCGUGCUGCAGUUCCUCGAGAACAUCGUGCAGCUGCGCCGCGAGAUCGAUGCGUAUUUCGCCAGCCGACAGCAGUCGGCCGCAACGGGCCCGGCCUCGGCCUCGGGCGUGGAGCGCACCAUAGCCGAGCACGAGAAAUUCCGCGAUCAGUGCAUGGAUAAAUUUAGAUCGUUAAUCACACAAUCCGAACUGCUGAUCGAUCGUGUGCGCGUAUUGGAGCCGCCGGGCGCUCGCGAAAUCGACACUGAUCGCAUUUUGAAGUUGUUGGAGAAUCUGCGCAUUCACUUCGAGUCGAACAGCAGCGCCACCAUGUCCACUCUGGAGCGUCUCGAGAAGAUCGAGCAGUUUCGCAGCGACCUGGAGGAUAUCGAUCGCAGUCUGGACAGCGUCAGCAAGCAGCUGCACGAUAUUAAUGGACAGAGUGUGGAUAGUCUGGCGGCUGCCAAGACCACGUCGCUGGCAUUCGAGUACUUUGAACGUACCAUAGAGCUGCUCGAGAAGCGCAUCGAGAAGUUCACGGAGACCACGCGGCAGCAGCUGCUCAUUAGCAAUCCCGAGAGCGAAUCGUAUGUGAAGGACGAGCUGCGCAAGCUCAACGACAAAUGGCAAAGCUUCAAGGAUCAAGUGAGGCAGAAGCGCAAGAGCCUCAAUCAGGCCAACGACUUCUUCGAGGCAGUUGAGAAGAUCGAUGCGGAGUACCGGGAGAUCAGCUACUUCUACAAUAGCGUCUCCAACAAGGUGCCCUAUUUGCGCGACGCCGUCGAGGCCUCGAAUCUGGUGAAUGACAUUGAGAAGUAUGUGACCAGUCGAGAGCCGGCGCUGCGUGCCAAGCUGGACAGCGCUUCGCAGUGCGCGCACGACAUGAACAAGGUAUCGACGCUCUACAACGACGUGAUGAACAUCUUCCAGUCGUUCAUCAAGCUGAAGACGGACAUCAACACCGUGCAGGAGCGACUCAAGCAGGAGCAGCGUCAGCGCGAGCAGCGGGAGCAGGAGGCGCGCGACCAGGCCGAGCGCGAGAAGGCGAUUCGUGAGGCAGAGGCCAGAGAGCGCUUGGCGCGCGAGGAGCAGGCGCGCCUGGAGGCGCAACGUCAGCAGGCGGCCAUUGAGCAGGCGCAGCGCGAGCUGGCGGCAAGGCAACUGUCGCUGCGCGAGCAGGCGGUGCGCGAGGAGGAGGCGCGACUGCAGGCAGUGCGCGAGCAGGCGGCCAGGGAGCAGCUGGCCAGGGAGCAAGCAGCGCGCGAGGAGGAGCAACGCAUCCAAACGCUGCGCGAGAUAGCCAAGCGGGAGGAGGAGCUGCGCUUGCAGGCGCUGCGCGAUGAGGAGGCGCGUCUGCAUAACAAACGCGAGGAGGAGUUGAGAGUGAAGCGGGAGGAGGAGAUCCGCCUGCGGCGCGAAGAGGAAACCAGGCAGCAGCGCGAGGAGGAGGACAGGCAGAGGCGCGAGAACGAGUCGCGCAUUCAGCGUGAGGAGAUCACGCGGCUGCAGACGCUGCGCGAUCAGGUCGACCAGCAGCGCAUCGUGACGGAGAACAUACGCAAGGAUAUCCAGGUGAACCAGAUCUUCACGGAGCUGCGCUACGCCUCGCCGCUGUUCGUGCGCCCGCUGAAGGAUGCGCUGGCCCGCGAGGGCGAGCGCUUCGUCUUCGAGUGCGAGGUCACGGGCACGCCGGAGCCGAGCGUCGAGUGGUUCAAGGACGGCAUCAGCAUUCAGAGCAAUGCGGACUACAAGACCAGCUUCGACAAGGGCAUCUGCCGGCUGGUCAUCGAGGAGACCUUUGCCGCGGACACGGCUCGCUUCAGCUGCCGCGCCUCCAACCUGGUGGGCACCUGCGACACCAAUGCCACGCUGACGGUGCGCGAGAACGCCGCCGAGCUGCAGCUGGUGCCGCCGCGCAUCCUGCGCUUCCUGGAGAGCGGCAAGGCCACCGAGGGCACCGCCUUCCAGUUCUCCUGCGUGGUCAGCGGCGUCCCCCUGCCCACCGUGCAGUGGUUCAAGAACGACAAGUGCAUCGACGACUCGCCGGACUACGUGAUCAGCUACAACAAUGGCGAGGCCACGUUGCGGUUCGACGAGGUGUUCCUCGAGGACGACGCCGUCUACACCUGUAGCGCCUCGAACCCCGCCGGCAUCGAGCACUGCUCGGCCAGUUUGAUCGUAGAACCACUCGAACCCACUGAGCUGCCCUGCUUCAAGAUGCCGCUGCAGAACGCCAUGGCGCGUGUCGGACAGAAGAUCAAGAUGGAGGCCCUGGUCACGGGCAUACCGCAGCCCGAAAUCCGCUGGCUCCACAAUGGCAAACCAUAUCAGCCACGCGACUCAAAAUACGAAAACGGACGCGUUACGCUCACAAUACCGCAAGCCUAUCCAAACGACGCCGGAUCCUACGUGUUGAGUGCUAAGAACUUGGCUGGCGAAGCUUACAGCAGUUGCAACAUUAUUGUCAAGGGUCGUCUGCCGAACGAGACGUCCGAUUCAGAGAUGGCUAGCGAUAUCGAGCCCAUCCGUCCGGCGGUGCAUAUUCCACUGAAGGACGUCUUCAUAUUCGAGGGCAAGCCAGUGCGCCUGGACUGCGUGAUCGUGGGCCAGCCCGAGCCGGAGGUCAUUUGGUAUCACAACGAGCGACCCGUCAAGGAGUCGGCCGAUGUGCAGCUCCUGUUCCAGGGCGAUCGCUGCUCGCUCUUCAUACAGGAGGUCUGCCAAGAGGAUGGCGGCAGCUACAAGGUGGUUGCCAUCAACUCAGCGGGCGAGGCCUCGAGCAGCUGCGAACUGAAGGUGACAUCACUGAACACGUCAGAGUCAGCGACGCGACUGCAGGCCGAUCGUCAGUCCUUGCCCAGGGAGUCGCUGCCCAAGUUCGAGCGCCUGCUCUCCGAUGUGCUCGCCGACGAGGGCGAGCAGGUGGUGCUGGAGGUGCAUGUGAAUGGCGACCAGCCAUUGCGGGCCCAGUGGUACCUGACCAACAAGGAGCUGCAGCUGAACGAGCGCGUCACCACCCAGUCCGAUGCCGAGGCUGGCAUAUUCAAGCUAAUUCUGAAGAACGUGGAUGCCAGCGACAAAGGCGUCUACACGGUCAAGGUCUCGAACGACGCGGGCGAUGCCAAGUGUUUCUCGCAUCUCAUUGUCAAGUCCGUGAACGCCCCCGAGAACCGUCGCGGCAGUCAAUCAUCCGUGGAGAUCGUCGAGCGACAGCUGUGCCCCGAGUUCAAAGAGCUCUUCAGCGACAAGCAGGCCCACAUCGACGAGGUGGUCAAGUUCGAGUGCAUUGUGGUGGGCAAGCCGACGCCCAAGGUGCAUUGGUUUUUCAACGACCAGCCGGUGCACGGCCACAACUUCCUCGUCUCCACCAGCGGCGAUCGUCAGGUGCUGACCAUUCAGCAGCUAACACACGACGCCGUUGGCAAGAUCAGCUGCACGGCCGAGAAUGACGCAGGCAAAGCCACUUGUGUGGCCUUCCUGAAUAUCAUUGGCAGCAGCCCGGUGCCCGCCUCCAGCAACUUGCAGACCAUGACCCAGGAGCACAACACCGAAUCGUCCCGGGUGACCAUCAAGAAGCAGACCUUCACCACCACCUCCACAUCGCAGGUGAACUCGUAUGAGGGCAACGUGCCGCAGACGGAGGUGCAUCACUCGUCGGCCCACAUUGAUCAGUCGCUCAAGCAGCUGGGACAACAGCGGCCGGAGAUCGUGGAGAGCCAUCACUACCAGGAGCUGCACAAGAGCAAAGAGAUGAGCAGCCCCUCGGUGCAGCAGAAGUCCUUCACGCUCGUUCAGUCCACCAAUGGCGGCACAGCUGCCCCGGCCAUUGGCAUGCCCGAGUCGCCAACAAAAUUGCGCAAGGAGAUAGCGCCACGCUUCACCACCCCACUGACGGGCAAGAUUGUGGAUCAGGGCGCCAAUGUGAGCAUGGAGGCCAUCUACGAUGGCUAUCCCUCGCCCGAGAUCAAGGUGGAGAAGAAUGGCGAUCAACUGUUCGACAAUGCGCACACCAAGAUAUCCAACAAACACAAUCGCGUGACCAUUGAGCUGAAGGAGGUGGGCGUGGCCGAUGCGGGACGCUAUGCGGUGACGGCAUCCAAUGCGGUGGGUCAGUCAACAAGCACAGCGGAUCUGGUGGUGAAAAAGACCGUCUUUCCGCCAGUCUUCGGCCGUCGCUUGCAGGCGCAGGUUAGCAAGAAGGGAGAGCGAUUGAUUAUGGAGGUGGAAGUAACGGGACUGCCAGAGCCCACAGUCACCUGGCUAAAGGACGACAAGCCACUCAAGGAUGCUGGCAUCUCUGAGCACCGCCUGCUUGCCCAGGGCAACUCGUACAAGCUGAUCAUCGAGAAAGCACAAACAACGGACUCUGGCAAGUAUAUGGUGAGGGCCACGAAUGCUGGCGGCGAGGCCAAGAGCAUUGCGGACUGCGCCAUCUUGGAGCCGUCGCCGGAACGCAUGCAGGAGGUGGUCAAGACCAUCGUCUACGAGACGCCGGCCAGUGAAUUCAAAACUGAAAACCAGAGCCACUUCAACAAAGAGCCCCAAUCAUAUCAGACCAAUCAAACCGAUGCAACCACUGCCAACGAUCUGCAUGGCCUGUCCGAGUCGAAAGUUAUCACUGAGCAUCGUUGCACCACCGAGGCAACGAUGCGUCUAGAGCACAAGUCGACAUAUAAUGACCUGCCCGAGUUGAGUCUGCGACCAAAGACACCAACCACCUACACCACCACUGACACCACCACCAAUAAUACCGCUACCAACAACACUGCCAGCAUGGACCAGACCGAUACCCAGGCCAGUUAUAAGACUGGCGUCACACAAACCCCGCCGCCCGUGCCACCCAAGCCCUGUCCGCCCGUUGUGGGCACGGCUUUUGGCCAGCCGGCGCAGGCGCAGGCGCAGCCACAACCACAACAACCACCGCAGAUGCAGACGCAAAUCAACACCAGAUACGAGAGCAGCAGCAACGAGCACAAAAUGUCUUCGUCCUUUGAGUACUUCAAGAAGAUCGAUGAGGAAACCGUUACACAGCGACCCAAGCCACAGGCCCAGCGACCCUUGGAGACGGUGGUGCGCCAGCCGCAGGCGCAAACGUUGGCCGAAGAGCUGAGAAGCUUGAAUCUAAUACCCGGAGCACCGCCAGAGUUCUGCUACACGCCCAAGAGCGAGAAGCAGCUGCCCAAGCAGCCGCUCAUCACCGAGAAAAUCAAGAUUUUGGAGGAGGUGCAGCCCAGGACGCCACCACCACAGGGUGGUGUGCCCGUCUUCCCGCCACCUCUCAAUCUGCAAAGUGUGCAGCACGAGACAACCCUCACCAAGGAGGUCAAGGUGGAGUACAAGCAGCCCAUUGUGCGGCCCGCCGCGGUGCUGGCAACGCCGGCCCAGCAGAACACGCGUUCGCCUUCGCCCAAGCCAUCGGCAGAGGGCGUGGCCAUGUCUAAGCUGUGGACGCCCAGUGGCCCCACCAGCUACUCCAGCGAUGUGGAGCAGAAGUCGGAGCGCCAGAUCAGCAUCACUAAGCUGCCCACGCCCACGCCCACCAAGGAGCUGAACGCCCCCUUCCUGGUGCAGCAGGUCGCCAAGAACAUCUCGCCACCAACUCCGGCACCCGUCACUCGAGUGGUCAACGUUGAACUCGAGCCCGGCACUCCGCCGGAGAUUUGCUUUGCGCCCAAGCAAGAGGAAGUGCGUCGUCACUCGCUGGUGGAGAGCAUGGAGCAGAAACUGGAACAGAAUCUCAUCCAGGGUCCCAGCAAGGUGCUGCCCCACUCGGUGCCCACGCUGACGCCCGUCACGCCACCCAAGGCCAAUGGCUACCGCCCGCCGCCCCCAGUCAUGCCCAGCCGCCUGGGCGCCCACUACGAGAGUGACUACGAGAGCGAUCGCUACAAGUACAGCGGCAGCGAGUCCGACGAGCCGGGCAAUCGGGCGCGCCAGCAGCAGGCCACCCUAGAGUCGUCGUUCAAGUCGAGUGGCUAUGCCGCCGACACGGAGGAGCACUCCAGCUACCGCAAGUCCGAGAGCAGCUUCUAUGAGACGAAAUCAUCGACAGCCACGAACAAGCUGCAGCCGGAGCCACCGGCGCAGCUCUACUUUGCCCCGCCGGCGGCGACACAGCAAACCAGCUACAGUCAGGAGGCGAAGAACUACAAGUACACCUCGUCGAGCAUGACUAGCAAUAUGCAGCAGAGCAGCAGCAGCUCCACACACCGCGAGACCAAGUAUUCCUCGAGUGCCACGCCCCUGAUCACGCCCAGCCCAGUGCCGGCGCAGCGCAAGACGCCCGCCACGGAGUUCAGCGAUUACAGCAGCGAGGUGGACGAGCGCUUCCGUUCGGUGUCGCGAGCCAACGAAUCCGACUCGGACAUCAAGGGCUAUCGCGUGGUGUUCCCGCCCACGCCCACGCCGCGCACCAACAUCGCCAACGGCCACAAGUCGCCGGUGGUCGUAGUGACGCCCUCUCCCAUGGAGUUUGAGCCAACUCCCCCGCAGCUGGGCAGCUUCACGCGUCCCAAGUUCGAGCCGAUUGGCAAGGAGAUACGCCACGAGAUCAGAACCGAGAGCAGCUCCAAGCAGUACUCGAGCAGUCAACAGAAGCAGCAGCAGCAGCAGCAGCCCCAGCAGCAACCGCAGCCUGUCUUCAAGCCCAAGCCGGUGGCAGCCAAGUUCAUAGCCGCCACCCAGCAGCAGCAGCAGCCGCUGCCCAGCUCCAGGCCGACCAUGUUCUACAAUGCGGUUGCGGGCGCGCCAAUGCACAUGGCCAAGGUGGCCCACGAGACGAAGAAUGUGAUGCAGAUGCACGAGUCCACGGAGAGCUCUCAGCGCGUUGUCAACAUGCAGCAGACCAAGCGCGUCAUCCACUUUGACAACCAACAGCAACAGCAGCAGCAACAGCAGCAGCCCGCUCUGGAGCCCUUCCCUUACAGCCCGGCCGGCAGCCGCACGCCAUCGCGUCAAUCGCAUCUGCCGCCGCCGGCCACGCCCACCAAGUUCAUACCCGGCGAGUAUCGGGAGAGCGACUACGAGAGCGAAGUGGAAGGCACACGCAUUCAGCCGCUCUGGUCGCCCUACGGCGAUGGCCAGACCAAGGGCUAUCGACGCGUGGCGCCACCGCAGGCUGGGGCUCGCUCCUGCAGCCUGCCGCGCAGCUACGAGCGCGUGCUCUCGCCCAUGGAGUUCGACCGUGGCCCCGAAAUGCCAAGCAAGAUAUUCGUCGAUGUGAAUACGCUGCGCAAGGAGCAGCGCGGCGGCAGCACUGUGACCACGCAGCAUCGCACGCAGUCGCUGAAUCGCAACAGCACCAUGAGACAGCAGUUCGGCAACCGUUUGCCAGAUGGCUCCCAGGAUCAGACAGAUCUGCAGCAGCAGCAGCAGCAGCGAGCGGGCACCUUGCCGCGGUAUGGCUACAGCUCGCUGCAGCAGCAGGCGGAGGGUCAGGGCAAGCGCAUGGGCUCCACGUUCCUACAGAAGUCGCAUCAGUUCAUCGAGGAAGUCAGCCGGGACAUGCAGAGCCAGCAGAUCGGCUCGAAUGGCGGACUGCGUCCAGGGUUCAGGCGUGCGCCGAGCGAGGGCAGCAACCAGCCGCAGGCCUACAGAGAUGAGUCGCGCGUCUCGCAGUACGAUCAGGGCACCCAAACGGAGAGUCUGCUCAUAACCGAGGAUGAGGAACAACGGCAGCAGUCAGCGAGUCAGCAGGAAGCCAAUAAAACGCCGCUACGCAAAUCCGCGUCGUUCUCAUCCUCGACCACGGCCUCGACCCAAUCGCCGGGCAGCUCGUCGCUGGGCUCGGCCACAUCGACCAUGUCGUUGCGCUCCACAACGCCGCAGCGCGUCAGCUCGACGCGUGCACUGCGCAGCGAUACCAUCAACACGUUCCAGAAAUGGGAAACGACAAUUGAGUCGAUCAGCUAUGUGAGCACGAAAACUGUUUCCAUCUCUGACUUUAGCCAGGAGCCGCAGCUGCAGACAAAUGGCCAGCAGGUGCAAGCAGUACAACAACAUCAAGGCGGUUUCGGAGGCACCUAUGUACCGCCCUCGUUGACACACGUUUAUGCCCAAGGUGACAUCUCACCGCCUGUAUUCGAGCAAAUCUUUAAGAACGCUCGCUUCGCUCAGGGUGGCAACGCCCUGUUCGAAGGCAGGCUCCGUGGCAACCCGAAGCCAUUCGUUACAUGGACCCGAAAAGGCGCACCACUUCUCGAGUCGCAAAAGUUCCGGAUGAGCUACAACGAGGCCACGGGUGAUGUCUCCCUGCUGAUCAACCAGAUCGGACCCGGCGACGAAGGCGAGUACACGUGUACGGCUCGUAAUCAGUACGGCGAGGCCAUCUGCAGUGUCUACAUUCAACCGGAAGGCGCCCCAAUGCCUGCACUGCAGCCCAUCCAGAAUCUGGAGAAGAACAUCUACUCCAAUGGUUAUUCGUAUACGUCCAUUGAGGAGGAGUUCCGUGUGGACACGUUUGAGUAUAGACUUUUGCGCGAAGUCUCCUUCAGGGAGGCCAUAACGCGCCGCUCUGGCUAUGAGCAGGACACCCAGCUGUCCCAUGAGCUCGACCGUUCUCUUGGCCCUGCGCACGCACCACAAUUAUCGCAGAAGCCCAGAAACUCCAAGCUCAUCGAGGGCUCUGAUGCUGUGUUCACAGCCCGCGUUGGCUCCAAUCCAAAGCCACGUCUCACCUGGUUCCACAACGGACAGCGUUUGGUCGCCUCGCAAAAGUAUGAGAUCUCUUAUUCGAGUGGCGUUGCCACACUGCGCGUGAAGAACGCCAAUGCCAAGGAUGGCGGCCACUACACCCUCCUGGCUGAGAAUUUGCAGGGCUGCGUCGUCUCGUCCGCUGUGCUGGCCGUCGAGCCGGCCGCUGAGACUGCCUACGAGCCCAAGCCCGUGGACACGAUGGCCGAGCAGCUGGAAGUCGGCAAGGCCUUGCCGCCCACUUUUGUGAAGGCCUUCAGCGAACGCGAAGUCACCGAGGGUCGCAUGACGCGUUUCGAUUGCCGUGUCACCGGCAAUCCCUAUCCCGAGGUAUUCUGGUUUAUCAAUGGCCGUCAAGUGCGCGACGAUGCUUCGCACAAGAUUCUGGUCAACGAGUCCGGCAGCCAUUCGCUGAUGAUCACGAACGUGAGCCGCCUGGAUGGCGGCUCUGUUCAAUGCCUGGCCCGCAACAAGGCUGGUGAGGUGGCCAUUGAGGCGCCGCUGCAUGUGCUGGAGAAGGAGCAGGUUGUCGCACCACAAUUUGUGCAGCGCUUCAGCACGAUGACAGUGCGCGAGGGUGAGCCCAUCACCAUGAGCGCCAAUGCCAUUGGCACACCCGUGCCGCGCAUCACCUGGCAAAAGGAUGGAGUACAGAUCUCAUCAACUGCCGAACGUUUUGUGGGCAUCGAUGGCGGCGCCACCUGCCUGGAGAUACCACAAGUUCGGGCAACUGAUGCUGGCUGGUAUCAGUGUACCGCACAAAAUAUUGCCGGUUCCACCGCGAACCGCGCAAGACUCUAUGUCGAAGUUCCCAGAGAGCAACCAAGUCAAGAACAAAGGCGUCUUAAUCUACCAAGACCAACGAAAGUUAUCGAGCCUGAGCCAAUCCCUGGGCCAGAGAUUAUUUAUUUGCGCCAUGUGGAACGCGCCAAGCCCCAUCUGCGUCCCGGCGAGGAGGAUCGCGUCUAUCCUCCGCCACAGUUCAUCAUACCGCUGCAGAACGUGCAGCAGACUGAAGGUGGUCGAGUCCACAUGGAGGCGCGCAUCGAACCCGUCGGCGAUCCCAGCAUGGUCGUCGAGUGGUACCUCAAUGGUCGUCCCCUGGCAGCCAGUGCCCGCGCCACAUCUGUCUUCAAGUUUGGCUUCAUUGCUCUGGAUUUGCUGAGCAUUAUGGGCCACGAUGCUGGAGAAUAUAUGUGCCGCGUCAGCAAUGCCAGCGGCGUGGCUGAGUCGCGCGCCAUUUUGUCGGUGGUGCAGCGACCAUCCAUUGAGCAAUCGUCGCAGAAUCCGAACAGCUUGCAGUACAUCAAUCAGCUGGAGGAUUACUCUCGUUAUCAGCGCCAGGAGAGCUCAGAGGAGUUGAUGAAUCAAGCUCCACAAUUUAUACGUCCACUGCGCGACCUUGGUGAGUUCGAGGAGGGCAAGAAUGUGCACUUCGAGGCACAGGUGACCCCCGUGAAUGAUCCCAGCAUGCGUGUCGAGUGGUACAAGGACGGCUUGCCAAUCACCGCCAGCUCGCGCAUCACGGCUAUAUUCAACUUCGGCUAUGUCUCCCUAAACAUAUUGCACCUACGCGCCGAAGAUGCGGGCAACUACACCGUCCGUGCCGUGAAUCGCAUUGGCGAGGCCAUCAGCCAGUCCACCAUUCGUGUGCAUUCGCGCUCCCAGGUCACCGCCGAUCUGGGCAUACCCGAGCAGCAGCGUUACAUUGAGAAGGUGGAGGAAUUGGAGGACUAUCGCAAGUCUCAGCAGCGUCGCCACGUUCAGGAGGCACCAGAGGCCAUUGCGCCACCCCAAUUCAAGACACCAAUCCAGAAUCAACUGGACCUGCGAGAGCACGCGCAUGCGCACUUCGAGGCACGCCUCGAACCCGUUGGCGACUCGACCAUGCGCGUGGAGUGGCUCAAGGAUGGGCAACCCCUUGAGGCCAGCUCGCGCAUAACUACUUACCACAACUUUGGCUACGUCGCGCUGACCAUCAAGCAGAUAACCAUCUACGAUGCCGGCACCUACACCUGCCGCGCCUACAACGCCAUGGGCCAGGAUACAACCACGGCCCAGCUGACGGUCAUAUCGAAGAACGAGAUCGUCUCGGACACGCAGCAUCCGGGUGGUCUGCAGAAGAUUCAGCAUCUGGAGGACUCGUCGCGUUAUGGUCGCCGCGAGGAGGAAGAAACCUCCAUCACCCAGGCACCACGCUUCCUGGGCCCCCUCAAGGGCACCACCAAGAUCUUGGAGGGUCAACGCGCCCACUUUGAGGCUCGUGUCGAGCCACAGAGCGAUCUGGGCCUGCGCAUCGAAUGGUACCACAAUGGACGUGCCAUCACCGCCGCCAAUCGCAUCCAGACCUACUACGACUUCGGCUACGUGGCCCUGGACAUUUCUCAGGUGCGCGCCGAAGAUGCUGGCGUCUACACCGUGGUGGCUAGAAACAAGCUAGGUGAAGCUCAGUUGCAAGCAACGAUGGUAGUGGAAACUCGUUCCAGCAUCGACACAUCUAGCAUGCACCGCGGCCUUUAUGAAAAAACGCAGAAUCUGGAGAACAAGCAAUUUGUCGAGCCUCAAUACGAUAUUGAGGAGAUCUCCAAGUCAAAGCCCGUCUUUGUGCAGCCGCUGACCGAUCCAAAGCCCAUUCACGAUGGCAAGAACAUUCAUCUGGAGUGCCGUCUCGAGCCCAUGGGCGAUCCCACAAUGCGCGUCGAGUGGUUCCAUAACGGACGCCCCGUGACCGUUGGCUCACGUUUCCGCACCUACUACGACUUCGGAUUCGUCGCCCUGGACAUCAUCAAGGCCACGGCAGCCGACUCUGGCGAGUAUACCGUGCGCGCCACCAACCACCUGGGCACCGCUCACACCUCUUCAUGUGUGCGUGUGAUUGAUCGCACCGAUGUGAUUACCGAGACCCAGAACGAGCAGUCGCUGGAGCAGAUUCAGCUGCUUGAGGACUCGCGUCGUCGCCACCACCAGGAAGAGGAUAUCACCAUCAUGCAGGCGCCUCAAUUUACACGCGCGCUGCAUAACAUCGAGACCGUUGAGGGCACCAACGUGCAUCUGGAGUGCCGCCUGCAGCCAGUGGGCGAUCCCAGCAUGCGCAUCGAGUGGUUCGUCAACGGCAUGCCGGUAAAGACGGGCCAUCGCUUCCGUCCCGCCUACGAGUUUGACUAUGUGGCGUUGGACUUGCUUGGCUGCUAUGCCAUCGACUCGGGCGUCUACACGUGCCAAGCCCGCAACCAACUGGGCGAGGCCGUCACCUCCUGCUCCGUGCGCAUUAUUGCCAAGAAGGAUUUGAUUCUGGAGACUCAGAACGAGUCUGGUCUGCAAAAGAUUCAAUACCUGGAGGACUCCUCACGCUAUCGUCGUCAUGAGGACGUGGAUGAGGUGGUCAAUAUUCGCCCUCGCUUCCUCACACAUCCCAAGAGCCUGACCAACACUCGCGAAGGCGGUCACGCCCACUUUGAGUGCAAAAUUGAGCCAGUCACCGAUCCCAAUCUGAAGGUGGAGUGGUUCAAGAACGGCCGUCCCAUUACCGUGGGCCAUCGUUUCCGUCCGAUUCAUGAUUUCGGCUAUGUGGCCUUAGAUAUUAUUAGCCUGAUUGCUGAGGACUCCGGUAUUUACACCUGCCGCGCCGUCAAUUUGAUUGGCUCCGAUGAGACUCAGGUGGAGCUGCAAUGCCGCAGCGGCGAGCAAAUCGUCACAGUUACCCAGAACGAGGCUGGUCUCGAGCAGAUUCACUAUCUGGAGGAUCGCUCGCGCUACAGCCGCCGCGAGGAAGUCGACGAGAGCACCAAGCAGGCGCCAGUGUUUACUACCUCCCUGAAGAAUAUAGAGAUCAAGGAGAAUCAGCGUGCGCACUUUGAGUGCCGCUUGAUUCCCGUCUCCGAUCCUUCGAUGCGUGUGGAGUGGUACCACAACAACAUGCCUCUGAAAUCAGGCUCGCGUUUCACUGAGACCAACAACUUUGGCUUCGUGGCCCUUGAUAUUAUGUCCACCCUGCCCGAAGAUGCUGGCACCUACACCUGCCGUGCGUUCAAUGCUGUGGGCGAGGCCAUAACAUCUGCUGUUGCCGUUGUGCACACCAAGAAGUCCAUCUAUCUGGAGUCUCAGCACGAGACAGCUUUGCCGCGACUGCAGCACCUGGAGGAUGGCUCCAAGCGCCAGCGCGUCAGCGUACUGGAUGAGUUCGUUACGCAGGCUCCGGUCUUUACCAUGCCCGUGCGGGAUGUUCGUGUGGCCGAGAAUCAGGCUGUGCACUUUGAGGCCCGCCUUAUUCCCGUGGGCGAUCCCAAGCUCACGGUCGAAUGGCUGCGCAACGGUCAGCCCAUUGAGGCGUCCAAUCGUACCACCACCAUGCACGAUUUCGGCUACGUGGCUCUGAACAUGAAGUACGUGAAUCCCGAGGACUCUGGCACCUACACCUGCCGUGCAGUCAACGAGCUGGGUCAGGCAGUCACGUCUGCGUCGCUGAUUGUGCAGUCGAAGACUGCCAUUCAGAUGGAGACGCAGCACGAAGCUGCCAUGCACAAGAUCCAUCAGCUAGAGGAUCACAGCAAGUACCAGCGCCGCGAGGAGGAGGAAUACACCGUUACGACUGCGCCAAUGUUCGUCACCAAGCUGAUCGGACCCACCAAUCUGGUUGAGGGCCAGAGUGCCCACUACGAGUGCCGCAUCGAACCUUACCCAGAUCCGAACCUGAAGGUUGAGUGGUUCCACAACGGCAAGCCAUUGAGCACUGGCCAUCGCUUCCGCACCACCUAUGACUUUGGCUUUGCCGCACUCGACAUCCUCACCGUCUAUGCGGAGGACAGUGGAGAGUACACUUGCCGUGUGACUAACAAUCUGGGCGAGGCCAUCAGCUCGAUUGCACUCAAUGUUACCACGCGUUCGUCGAUUAUUCACGAAACGCAGCAUGAGGAGGCUCUGCACAAGAUCCAGCAUCUGGAGGAUACCUCUCGCUUCCAGCGCAAACCUGAAGAAGAUCAGUUCCACGCUGAGCGCCCACAGUUUGGACGCCCACUGCGCAAUGCCAAGGUCAAUGAGGGCACACCCGUGCAUCUGGAGGCAACACUGAUCCCAGUUAAUGACCCCACCAUGAGGGUCGAGUGGUACUGCAACGGCAGGCCCAUCCAAACGGGUCACCGUUUCAAGACCACCUACGAUUUCGGCUUUGUCGCCUUGGACAUAUUGUACGCCCACGCCGAGGAUACCGGCACCUACAUGUGCAAGGCCAAGAAUGCUGUUGGAGAAGCUGUCACGACUUGUGCUGUAAACGUAACAGCAAAUAAGACACUGGAUCUGGAUACACUCGAUGCCCAGCGGCUGGAGAAGAUUCGCCAGCUCGAGAGCUAUGCGCCACCCGUAAAGGCCGAGGUGGAGGAGAAGGGACAGAAGCCAAUAUUCCUCACCCCACUAAGCAAUCAGGAGCAUCUGAAGGAGGGCGAGCACGCCCACUUGGAGUGUCGCGUUGAGCCCAUCAACGAUCCCAACCUGAAGAUCGAAUGGUUCUGCAAUGGCAAGCAACUGCCCACCGGACAUCGUUAUCGCACCACCCACGACUUUGGCUACGUGGCCCUGGACAUUUUGUAUGUUUAUGGCGAGGACACUGGCACCUACAUGUGCAAGGCAACCAAUCUCCUGGGCGAAGCAGUCAACACCUGCAACGUCCGUGUGCUGAACAGGCGCAGCAUGAUUCUGGACACCCAGCACCCGGAUGCCCUGGAGAAGAUUCAGAAGUUGGAGUCCAAGGUUGUCACCACACGCACUGAAGUCGGCGAUCAUCCAAUUGGCCCGCCCCACUUCACCGCAGAGCUGCGCGGCUCCACUGAGAUCUAUGAAGGCCAAACGGCUCACUUCGAAGCACAAGUGGCGCCAGUGCACGAUCCCAACUUGCGCAUCGAGUUCUACCAUAAUGGCAAGCCUCUGCCAUCGGCAGCCCGCUUCCACAUCACCUUCGACUUUGGUUAUGUCUCGCUGGACAUUACUCAUGCCGUGGCCGAGGAUGCUGGCGAGUAUUCCGUGCGUGCUGUUAACGCUUUGGGUCAAGCCGUCUCUUCGACCAAUCUGCGCGUGAUCGCCCGCGGCACCAUUAUUUCAGACACUCAGCAUCCUGAGGGACUGGAGAAGAUACGCAAGUUGGAGUCUACGGCACCACACCAGCGCCAGGAGGUCGAAACGCCUGGCACACGCCAGCGACCCAUGUUCACACAACCAAUUCAAAACAUUGAUCGCAUCAAUGAGCACCAGACCGCCCACUUUGAGGCGCGCCUGAUCCCAGUGGGCGAUCCCAACUUGAAGGUCGAAUGGUACCGCAAUGAAAAGCUGAUCGAAGACAGCUCCAGAAUCACGAAGCAGCACGACUUUGGCUUUGUUUCGCUCGAUAUAUCGCACAUCCGCAAGGAGGAUGAGGGCGUUUACAUGUGCCGCGCUGUCAAUCCACUUGGUGAGGCCGUCACUACUGCCUCUAUGCGUGUGGUUACCGAGGCCACCAUCCAAAUGGAUACCCAGCAUCCGGACAGCAUUCGUCGUAUUCAUCAGCUGGAGAAGCCUCUGGCUCCACUGCCCACCGAGCCAGAGCGCCUCUUCGAGAAGCCCAUCUUUACGCAGCUACUGACGGGCCCCUCCGAGGUAUGGGAGGGCAGCCAUGCUCACUUCGAGGCACGUGUGGUGCCCGUUGGUGAUCCCUCACUUAAGUUCGAGUGGUUCAUUAACGGCGUUGAGCUGCAAAUGGGCUCACGUCUGCGCACCACCCACGACUUUGGCUUUGUCACGCUCGACAUUGCCGCUGUGGUGCCUGAAGAUGCUGGUGUCUACAUGUGCCGCGCUUUCAAUGCCGCUGGCGAGGCUGUGUCCUCGACUGCCAUGAAGGUGAAGACCAGGGCCAACAUCGACGGACAGCCCCUGAUACCCGAGUCCUGGGAGGCCAUUCGUCUAAAGGAGGCCGCAAUGAACCGUGUGCCCGAAAUGUUUGUGGACUCUACGCCUCAGCAGGCUCCAGUGUUCACGACGCACUUGCAGAGCUACGACAAGUUGCACGAGGGCCAGCAUGUGCAUCUGGAGGCUCAGGUGGAGCCACGCGCCGAUCCUAAUCUGCGCAUUGAGUGGUUCAAGAACGGCAUCUCACUGACAACUGGCUCACGCAUACGCAGCACCUUCGACUUUGGACUGGUUACCUUGUCCAUCAAUGGACUACGCGAGGACGACUCUGCUAUUUACACCUGCAAGGCCACCAACCAGGUGGGCGAGGCUGUUUCGACCUCAUCGCUUAAAAUCGAAGAUCGCCAUUGGCUACAAGCGGAGUCCUUGCAUCCGGACUCAUUGCCACGCAUUGGCGAGUUGGAGGCGCCAAAGCCUGUUCGUAAGGACGCACCAGAGCCCACAUACGAGACUCCUGUUUUUAUCACGCAUCUGAACAACAUCGAGUGCAAGGAGACGGACAGCGUUCGCUUUGAGUGCAACGUGGAGCCAGCUCGUGAUCCUACCAUGAAUAUCGAAUGGUUCUACAAUGGAAAACCGUUGCAAGCAGCUGCCAAAUUCAAGUCCAUUUACGACUUUGGCUACUGUGCCCUGGACCUGAAUAACUCGUAUGCCGAGAACAGCGGCAUCUACACUUGCAAGGCCACAAACAGCAAGGGCUCGGCUACGACCUCGGGCACAUUGAAGUGCACAGGCGGCAAGACUAUGUUCCUGGACACUCAACAUCCACAGGGCGAGAGCGGACUGGAGGCCGUGCAAGAAACUGAAGAAGCAUUGGCCAAUCGCUAUGCUCAGAAGCCGAGCAAGCCUGAAACUCAAUACCCAGCGCCAGUCUGGACCAGGCCGUUGCAGCAGGAGUUCCAUCUAUCCGAGGCGCAGCCCAUCCAUUUGGAGGCCAAUGUGGAGCCGAAGGAGGAUCCAAAUCUGUUCAUCGAAUGGUAUUUCAAUGGCAAGCUGCUGCAGCAUGGCUCACGCUUCAAGAUGACCAGCGAAUUUGGCUUCGUCACCAUGGACAUGAUUGAGGUGUACUCUAGAGAUCAGGGCAUCUACACCUGCAAGGCCUACAACAGAGCUGGCGAGGCUUUCACUUCCACCACCAUAUUCUGCUCAAGCAAGGACAGCAUCAUUGAAGCCACACAGCAUCCCAAGGGUGCUGAGGGUCUGGAACAGAUUCAGGACUUGGAGGAAUCACUACGCAAGGACGGCAGCAAGCCGGAGCAGCCCGAGCAGGGCAUUGCACCACGCUUCACCACCGAAUUCGUUAACAUUUCUGAUGUUGGCGAAGGUGAGUUGGCCCAUUUCGAGGCCAAUCUCAUUCCUGUGGGCGAUCAGAGUAUGGUCAUUGAAUGGUUCUUCAAUGGCAAAGUUCUUGAGGCCAGCCACCGCGUGCGCACCAUCUACGCCUUUGGCACCGUCGCCCUGGAAGUGCUGGGCACCAAGAUCGAAGACACCGGCACUUACACCUGCCGUGCCACCAACAAAUACGGUUCGGCUGAGAUCAGCUGCACCCUGGAAUGUGUCGACAAGCCGCGUGGCCAGAAACCACACUUCACGUCGCAUAUUCAGCCGCUGCAGGGCCUGAAGGAUGGCCAGUCCGCUCACUUUGAGUGCACUUUGAUUCCGGUUAAUGAUCCGGAUCUCAAGGUCGAGUGGUACCACAAUGGCAAACUGCUCCGUCACUCGAAUCGCAUCAAAACGGUAUCCGACUUUGGCUAUGUGGUCCUCGAUAUUGCCUAUCUGCAGGAUCACGACAGUGGCGAAUACGUUUGCCGCGCCUACAACAAGUACGGCGAGGACUUCACUCGCACCACUCUCAACUGUGGUGGUCGCGGUGGCGUGUUCUACGACAGCUUGCAGCCUGAUUCUCUCCAAAGAAUCCGUGAGCUGGAGUGCCCGCAAGGACAGCAAGCAGACAGUGGAGCUCCAGUGGUUGCCGAGCCACCCAAGUUCAUCACACAAAUCAGUGAUGUCACCAAGCUGGUGGAGGGCCAGAGCGCUCACUUUGAGGCGCGCCUGACGCCCAUUACCGAUCCCGACCUGGUGGUCGAGUGGUAUUUCAAUGGCAAGAAGCUGCCUCAUGGCCAUCGCUUCCGCACUUUCCAUGACUUUGGCAUUGUCAUCCUGGAUAUUCUGUAUUGCUAUGAGGAGAACUCUGGUGUUUAUGAGUGCCGCGCCUACAACAAAUAUGGCGAGGAUGUCACCCGCGCCAGCCUGAAGUGCGCCUCCAAGGCCAGCCUGAUCCUGGACUCGCAGCUGCCACGCGGCAUGGAGGGCGGUCUGGAGAAGAUUGCCAAUCUGGAGUAUAGCAUGGUGCGUACCCGCGAGGAGACCACCGAGGAGACCAGAGGCAAGGCACCAGUGUUCACUGUGCCCCUGGAGAACAUUGACAAUCUGCGCGAGGGCGAGAAUGCUCACUUUGAGGCUCGCAUCACGCCUGCUGAUGACCCCAAGCUGAAGGUGGAGUGGUAUUGGAAUGGCCGUCCAUUGAAGGCUGGCUCUCGGUUCCGCACUUUCUGCGACUUUGGCUUUGUUAUUCUGGAAAUUUCUCCUGUCUAUCCGGAGGAUUCUGGCGAAUACUCGUGCCGUGCCAUCAAUGAGUAUGGCGAGGCAGUGACCAGCGCAACAAUGAAGAUUCAAGGCAAGCGUAGCAUUAUUAUGGAAUCGCAGCUGCCCAAGGGCAUGGAAGGCACCAUCGAUCGCAUCGCGGAGCUGGAAGGUCUGGGCUCUCGCAGCACUGAGUUUGUGCCGGAGGACGAUACAGGCAAGCCACCCGAGUUUAUUACGACGCCAUUCGACAUGGUCAUCGGAGAGAACUCGCUGGCCCACUUCGAGUGUCGCCUGCAGCCCAUCAACGAUCCGUCCAUGCGCGUGGACUGGUUCCACAACGGCAAGGCCUUGUGGGCCGGCUCCCGCAUCAAGACCAUCAACGACUUUGGCUUUGUCAUCCUGGAGAUUGCCGGCUGCUAUCAGCGCGAUACUGGUCUGUAUACCUGCAAGGCAACCAACAAGCACGGCGAGGCCACCGUCUCCUGCAAAUUGCAGGUCAAGGGUCGCCAGGGCAUUGUCAUGGAGCCGCAGCUGCCCUCGAACUUCCGCACUGGCACUGAGAGCCUGCAAAAGCUGGAGGAGAGCAUGCACAAGCGUGAGGAGAUGGUCAUCGAUGAGGAGCAGCCAAAUCCACCCAAGUUCGUUGAGGAGAUCAAGGACAACUUGGAUGUGCCCGAGGGUGGACCAAUUCACUUCGAUUGCCGCGUAGAGCCCGUUGGUGAUCCAACAAUGCGCAUCGAAUGGUACUACAAUGGCCGCGUCAUGGCCACUGGUUCCAGAGUGCAUCAACUGAACGACUUUGGCUUCAUUGCUUUGGAUAUUGACUACAUCUAUGCUAGGGACUCUGGCGAGUACACUUGCCGCGCCACCAACAAGUGGGGCAGUGCCACCACCACCGCCAAGGUCACCUGCAAGGGCAAGCACAGCAUUGUCUACGACUCACAGCUGCCCGAGGGCAUGACUGCCGAGAAGCUGAAGGAAUUGGAACGUGGACGCAUACCAGAGGCACCCAAGGUUGUUGAAGAACAGUACGGACCACCGAAGUUCAUCACCCAGAUAGCAUCCUGCACAGCCGAGGAGUCUGAGGCUGUCCGAUUCGAGUGCCAAGUGGAGCCAAAGACCGAUCCCAAUCUGCGUGUCGAAUGGUAUCGCAAUGGCAAGCCUUUGCCGUUGGGCCAUCGCUACAGGAACGUCUUCGACAUGGGCUUCGUCUCGCUGGACAUUUUGUAUGUGUACAGCGACGACUCUGGUGAAUACGUUUGCCGUGCCGUCAACAAGUACGGCGAAGAUCGCACCAAGGCCACCGUCUCCUGCAAGAAAUUGCCUACGAUUCUGCUGCAAAAUCAAGUGCCACGUGGCAUGAAGCGCUCGGAAACGCUCACCCAAAUGGAGGCCACCAUCAAGAAGUACACCUCCGAGGUGCAUUUGACCGAGGAUGAUCUCUUCGAUCCCGACCGCAAGCAGCCGCCUCGCUUCGUCACGCAGAUCAAGGAGCAGCUCACGCUGACGGAAAUGGCUAAGACCAAGUUUGAGUGCCAGUUGGCGCCUGUGGGUGAUCCGAACAUGAAGGUCGAAUGGUUCUUCAAUGGCAAGCCCUUGCUCUACAAGAACCGCUUCCAGCCCAUCUACGACUUUGGCUAUGUGGCCAUGAACUUCGGCUGGGUGUAUCCCGAGGACAGCGGUGAAUAUGUCUGCCGCGCCACGAACUUGUACGGCAUGGAUGAGACUCGUGCCAUCAUCAAGGUGUCCGGCAAGCCGGGCAUUGUCUACGACUCCCAGCUGCCUGCCCAUAUGCAGAGCAUCGAUCGCAUUCGCGAAAUGGAAGCUUCCUGGCAAGUUGUACCCGAAGAAGCUGACCCCGAUGCCAAGCCAAGAACGAAGCCAGUCUUCGUUAGCAAGCUGGAGCCACAGACGGUUGAGGAGGGCGAACCAGCCAGAUUCUGUGUGCGUGUCACCGGUCAUCCACGUCCUCGUGUCAUGUGGCUGAUCAACGGCCACACUGUUGUUCAUGGCUCGCGUUACAAGCUGACCAACGAUGGUAUGUUCCAUCUUGAUAUACCCAAGACGCGUCAAUACGAUACCGGCAAGGUGGAGGUUAUAGCGCGCAAUUCUGUGGGCGAAUCGAUUGCUUCGACCGAACUGAAUGUUGUCGCACGCUCUGAUGACUAUCGCAAUGUUCUCAAGAACUCACCACGCCCCUGGUACGAUUACGAACUAGCGGCCUAUCAGAAGGAGCGCCAGGAGAACGAGCUGGAAAAGGUAUUCGAUGAACGUAAGCAAUAUUUGUCCGAGCAGAGUGCGCAUACGCUGAAGGGCGUGGAGCACCUGAAGCCCAAGCAGUACAAGCCCCAGACACCCGAUUGGCAGCAGAACGUCAAGGCCAAGAAGAGCGAGGAGUACUACAACAAGAUCCAGGAGCUCGAAACCGAGCAGUUGCUCAAGGAGACCAAUUUGCGCAGAGACACCCAUCAAUAUGCCAUUCCCGGCGAGAAGGUUGUCAGCAGCUCAGCCGCCAAGGGCAUGGCGCACUCCUACGAGGAGAAUCUUCAAGAGCAAACGAGCACCACCCAAGUCAAGGGCGCCCCACCAAAGGGCAUAGCCCUGCCGUCGGAGUCGUCGGUGCAUGGACGUGAGGUGCACAUGAAUAAGCAGCAGCAAGUGCAGAAGGAGAUCCAAGGUGACUUGGAGAUUACACGCAAGAUCACUGCCACCGAGACCACCGAAGUGGAGCAUAAGGGCACCAUUCAAGAGCGCGUUGUCAAGGGCCCAGUCGCACCUUCCAAGCCACCCGUCUUCACCAAAAAGAUUCAGCCAUGCCGCGUCUUUGAGAAUGAGCAGGCCAAAUUCGAGGUGGAGUUCGAGGGCGAGCCCAUGCCGACCGUGAAGUGGUUCCGUGAGAGCUUCCCCAUCCAGAACUCACCUGAUCUGCAGAUUCACACGUUCAGCGGUAAAUCCAUAUUGAUCAUACGCCAGGUCUUCAUCGAGGACUCGGCUGUGUUUACCUGCGUGGCAGAGAAUCGUGGUGGAACUGCCAAGUGCAGCGCCAAUUUGGUUGUGGAGGAGCGCAGACGCGCCGGCAAGGGCGGCAUACAGCCACCAAGCUUUGUGUCCACCAUUCAGAGCACCACCGUGUCCACUGGCCAGCUGGCUCGCUUCGAUGCCAAGGUGACCGGCACACGCCCCAUGGAUGUUUACUGGCUGAAGAACGGCAUGAAGAUUCAGCCCAGCAUCAAGUUCAAGAUGCUGGAAGAGGACAACAUUCACACUCUGCUGAUCAUUGAGCCGUUCGCCGAGGACUCUGGCCGCUAUGAGUGCGUGGCUGUCAAUGCCGCUGGCGAGGCACGCUGCGAUGGCGAUUGCAUUGUUCAAUCUCCCACGAAGCCGGAGAAGCCAACAACGCCCGGCAGCGAGAAGCCGCCACACAUUGUGGAGCAGCUGAAGAGCCAGUCCGUAGAAGAAGGCAGCAAGGUAAUCUUCCGCUGCCGCGUGGAUGGCAAGCCCACGCCAACGGCUCGUUGGAUGCGUGGCGAGAACUUUGUGAAGCCCUCUCGCUACUUCCAAAUGUCGCGCCAAGGCGAAUACUAUCAGCUGAUCAUCUCGGAGGCGUUCCCCGAGGACGAGGGCACCUACAAGUGCGUUGCCGAAAACAAACUGGGCAGCAUUCAGACCAGCGCCCAGCUCAAAGUGCGUCCCAUCGAGAACCUGGAUGCACCGCCAACCAUUACCGCUCUCAAAGAUGUCUCCGUCACCGAGGGCAUGCCGGCGCAGUUCAAAACCACUGUCACCGGCAAAGUGAAAGCCACCAGUGUGCAGUGGUUCCGCGAGGGACAACUGAUACCGGAAACACCUGACUUCCAGAUGAUCUUUGAUGGCAACAGUGCCGUGCUAUUGAUUGGCACCACCUACGAGGAGGAUUCGGGCAUCUUUACCGUGCGUGUGACCUCGUCAACUGGACAGGUCGAGUCAUCAGCCAAACUGACUGUUAAAAGUAAGGAUUAAACUAAAAGCUAAGCAAAACCAAAACCAGAGUUCGUAAACAGCAAGAAAUCAAAACGUAAGCGAACAGUGUUCGAAAUCUCCAAAGAAUGCUCAAAAGAAAAAAAAA